AUGGCAGAACAAGAACCCCCUCAGGAGUGUAAUCUCCAUGUGGACUAUGUGAUCCGCUACAGUUUUGGAGAUGUUGACCAAUCGCAGGCGAUUGCACAGCUCGAGAAGCUGCUCCAAACCCUUGCCCAGGUCGGUCUCCAGGCGGAAGUUCGUCAGGGUGACGAAUUGUCUCUUCUUGUCUUCGUGCGAGCUUCUGAAAAGCGCUUAAAGCAUGCCGUCUACCGAUCGCGUGUGCGCGAUUGGCUCUAUGGCAUCCGAAAUGCUGAGCCUACUUUUUCCAGCUCUACCGAGACGCACACGGAGGCCGAGCGCUUGCGUGUCGUUCAUCAGAUGAUCACUCAGCCCAAGGAAGAGGGCGGCGCCGAAAUUACCCCCAACCACGGCGAUUGGAAGAAUGUCACCGCUAUAUUCCCCUUGCACGAUAUCGAAACAAACAAAAAGUGGAUGCGUGAUUGGAGCAAGAAGACCUUCCUCUCCGAAGACGACUUGGAUCAGAUCAGGAACAAAUUUGGUGAAAGCGUUGGAUUCUACUUUUCGUUCCUGCAGUCAUACUUCCGAUUCUUGAUCUUCCCAGCUGUUUUUGGGUUCUCCUGCUGGUUCCUCCUUGGUGGUUUCUCGCUUAUCUAUACGGCUGUCAACUGUCUCUGGUGCAUUAUUUUUGUGGAGUACUGGAAGCGCCAGGAGGUCGAUCUCAGCUGCAGAUGGCAGACCAAGAAUGUCUCGGCUGUUCGAACCAAACGCCGCGAGUUCAAGCCUGAGAAGGAGGUCACCGAUGAAGGUACCGGUGAGAAGUGUGGCGUUUUCCCGGCCACCAAGCGUAUGCAAAGACAGCUUCUUCAGAUCCCCUUUGCUUUGCUUGCUGCCAUUGCUUUGGGUGCUAUUAUUGCGACGUGCUUUGCGAUUGAGAUCUUUAUCUCAGAGCUGUACAACGGCCCACUUAAGACGUACUUGAUCUUUAUUCCAACCAUUCUAGUCUCGGCGCUUGUUCCUACCAUGAGCGCCAUCUUGACAUCAAUCGCGACAAAGCUCAAUGACUACGAAAACCAUGAGACGCGCGAUGCGUACGAUGUCGCUCUGACCCAGAAAAUCUUCGUCAUCAACUUCAUCACUUCUUAUCUCCCGAUCUUCCUGACGGCCUUUGUAUACGUGCCAUUCGCGAGUCGGAUCGUGCCGUACCUCGAUGUGUUCCGCCUGACAGUCCGGCCUUUCGUGUCAAAGGAACAUGCCAUCGCAAAGCAAUCGCUCUUCCAGAUCGACCCUGCUCGUCUGCGAAACCAAGUAAUCUACUUUACUGUCACGGCCCAGAUCGUUGGCUUUGCCAUGGAGACUAUUGUGCCGUAUAUCAAGCAGCACGCAUUGCGCAAAUACAAAGAGUAUAACAAGGAGCGCAAUGGCAAGUUGGAUCGCAAUGGUGAUAAAGAAUCGCCCGAGAGACCGGUUGUUGUCUUUGACGACCCUGCCGAGGAAGUGCAGUUCCUCACUCGUGUUCGCAACGAGCUCGAGCUCUCCGAGUACGAUGUGACCGAUGAUCUGCGCGAGAUGUGUAUCCAAUUCGGAUACUUAGCCCUGUUCUCCCCUACCUGGCCUCUCGUCCCGCUCUCAUUCUUUGUAAACAACUGGAUUGAACUGCGCUCCGACUUCUUCAAGAUCUGCAUGGAAUUCCGUCGGCCUGUGCCUCUCCGCACUGACACCAUAGGACCUUGGCUGGAUAGCCUGGGUUUUCUUUCUUGGGUCGGUAGCAUCACCAGCGCUGCAUUGGUAUACAUGUUCAGCGGCAACGCACAGCACGGACCGAACGGUGAACCAACAGACAUUAAAGGUUGGGCUCUGCUUUUGACUAUCUUCUUCUCGGAGCACUUGUAUCUUAUUGUCCGGUAUGCUGUGCGGGCCGCGAUGGCUAGAGUUGAGCCGCCUAAUUCGCGUAAAGAGCGCGCCGAGCGGUAUCUCAUGCGUAAGCGCUACCUUGAGUCGACAAUCAGUGCGGAGACCGAUGAAGGCAAGGAUGAUGAUCUGUCUGAAUCGCCUAAGCUGUCGCGCGCCUCGCUUGAGGAUGAUGCUCGGAAUGCGUCCCUGCAAGGUGCUGACCCCGCUGCUCGGUUCUGGUUGCACCAGCGUAGCUGGACUGAGUCAGCUCAAGUUGGUGCCGGGAUUAUCCAGGCACAGCCUGUGAAGGGUGGUGUGAAGAAGCAGCAGUAG